GCGGCCGCGAUGUUCAGCUGGCUGGGCUCCGACGACCGCCGGCGGAAGGACCCCGAGGUCUUCCAGACCGUGAGCGACGGGCUCAAGAAACUCUACAAGACCAAGCUGCUGCCCCUGGAAGAGCAUUACCGCUUCCACGAGUUUCACUCGCCCGCCCUGGAGGAUGCUGAUUUCGACAACAAGCCCAUGGUCCUGCUGGUGGGCCAGUACUCCACUGGGAAGACCACCUUCAUCAGGUACCUCCUGGAACAGGACUUCCCCGGCAUGAGGAUUGGGCCGGAGCCAACCACUGACUCCUUCAUCGCUGUGAUGCACGGACAGGUGGAGGGGAUCGUCCCCGGGAAUGCCCUGGUGGUGGAUCCUAAGAAACCUUUCAGGAAGCUGAACGCCUUUGGCAACGCAUUCUUGAACAGGUUCGUGUGUGCCCAGCUGCCCAACCCAGUGCUGGAGAGCAUCAGCGUCAUUGACACUCCGGGCAUCCUCUCGGGGGAGAAGCAGAGGAUCAGCCGAGGGUACGACUUCGCGGCUGUCCUCGAGUGGUUCGCCGAGCGGGUGGACCGCAUCAUCCUGCUCUUCGAUGCCCACAAGCUGGACAUCUCGGACGAGUUCUCCGAGGUCAUCAAGGCCCUCAAGAACCACGAGGACAAGAUGCGCGUGGUGCUGAACAAGGCGGACCAGAUCGAGACCCAGCAGCUGAUGCGGGUCUAUGGGGCGCUCAUGUGGUCCCUGGGCAAGAUCGUGAACACCCCAGAGGUGAUCCGAGUCUACAUCGGCUCCUUCUGGUCCCACCCGCUCCUCAUCCCUGACAACCGGAAGCUCUUCGAGGCCGAGGAGCAGGACCUGUUCAGAGAUAUUCAGAGUCUGCCCCGAAAUGCCGCCCUACGCAAGCUCAACGACCUCAUCAAGAGAGCCAGGCUGGCCAAGGUUCACGCGUACAUCAUCAGCUCCCUGAAGAAGGAGAUGCCGUCAGUGUUUGGGAAGGAGAAUAAGAAGAAGGAGCUGGUGAACAACCUGGCUGAGAUUUAUGGCCGCAUCGAGCGGGAGCACCAGAUCUCACCUGGGGACUUUCCCAACCUCAAGAGGAUGCAGGACCAGCUGCAGGCCCAGGACUUUAGCAAAUUCCAGCCCCUGAAAAGCAAGCUGCUGGAGGUGGUGGACGACAUGCUGGCCCACGACAUCGCCCAGCUCAUGGUGCUGGUGCGGCAGGAGGAGACGCAGCGGCCCAUCCAGAUGGUGAAGGGCGGAGCAUUCGAGGGCACCCUGCACGGCCCCUUCGGGCACGGCUACGGGGAGGGCGCCGGGGAGGGCAUCGAUGACGCCGAGUGGGUGGUGGCCAGGGACAAGCCCAUGUACGACGAGAUCUUCUACACCCUGUCGCCAGUGGACGGCAAGAUCACAGGGGCCAACGCCAAGAAAGAGAUGGUGCGUUCCAAGCUGCCCAACAGCGUGCUGGGCAAGAUCUGGAAGCUGGCUGACAUCGACAAGGACGGCAUGCUGGACGACGAGGAGUUUGCACUGGCCAACCACCUCAUCAAGGUCAAGCUGGAGGGGCAUGAGCUGCCCAAUGAGCUGCCCGCCCACCUGCUGCCCCCGUCCAAGAGGAAAGUGGCCGAGUGACGGGCGGAGGAGGUUUGGAGCAGGCAGGGGCUGGAGGAGAUAGGAGGGCAGGAGACACACACACACACACACACUUGCACACACAGAUUUUGAAAACUGCACUGCAGCUGAGAGAGGGGCAGGGACCCCCAGGCUUCCAGGCUGGGCUUUGGACACAUCUCCAAGUUCUUGGCAUUGGUAGAAGCACAGGAGCGCUCCCAGGUCCUCAGGCUCAAGCCCAGGUCCCCAUCUGUCUUUCCCUCCCCUCUCCCACCACCGGGAGACCUGCUUUCUCCCACAGAGGCAGUUUGCUCACCCACAGGGGGCCCACCUGCCUCCAGGCUUGGAGCAGAUGGAAAAUGCUUCUCGCUUAAUAGGCACUGCAUUGUUUCGGGUACUAUCUCCCCCUCUUUGGCUUCCCAGUGGGAAGCAAUGCUCCAAGGCUGAGAGAUGCGAGGGGAGGGGCUGCUGUUGGGGGGUGGGGGUGGGGAUGGGGAUUGUGGAAGGAAGCAUCCUUGGCCAGGUCUGGACUUGAAGAGACAGGGCUCUGAGCUCUGCGCUUCCCCAGGUUCAACUCUGCCUGCCGGCACAGACCAGUCCUUGACCCCUACUCCUACGUCAUGUCAAAGAGUCCCAGACCCAGAGAGAAAAGAGAACAAAUUGGCAGGAAAUAAGGCAAAAAAAAAUUGCCUGAAAUCCUCAACGCAAAGCCAGUCAAAGUGACUUUGUUCCACAGAUUUUUGUGAGGUUUGUGUGUUUUCUGCCCAGCCCUGAUGUUUGGAUGCUCAGACUCUCCUGCCGUUGGUCCGCCCCCUCCCGUGUGCCAGGAGCUGUGGGAGGCACCUCACAUCCAUUAUCCCCCUCGGCCCUCACCACCCCCUAGGAGGGAAAUAUCACCCCCCCCCAACACACACACACUUCGCAGAUAAGGAGCUUGAGACUCAGGAUUUGAGGUGACCUUCCCAAAGUCACAGAGGUCACACAUACAGAGAGAGGACUCCGACCCUUUCUUCUGCUGUGGGGACGCUCGCAGGAUCCCAGCAUUGCUAGCCGCUGCCCAGCCACAAGGACAAGCCGAGCAAGCUGGGCACACCACAGCCUCCCGGGGCAGGCUGCAGAAGGAGGAGGGCCAGCCAGCACUCCGUGGGCCGUCAGUCUGGCCAUCUGUCACAUCCCAGAAGCAAACCGUGCCGUCUGGCUAUGCAGCCCAUGUUCCUAAAAUCACAGAAGUCUGACAGCGCCGGCAGGAGGGUGGGCUGGCCUGCGGGAGGCUGCUUGUGCCGGGAUGGUCCCAGCUCGAAUGCGACCACCAGCCCUUAUCGCGUAGGCCUCGUGCGAAUGCUCAGAAGGCUAACGUGAGGGGUCUGAGGUCUGGCUCCCGGCCGGAGCCCUGGCGACUCAGCCGCGUCCUUGGGACACCCCUCACCAUCCUCAGUGCCCCACGCCCUCCUUCGCCGUCUCUCCCUUGGCUUGCUUUGUGGCCACUGAACCAAUCACUUUGUAUGCUCUACUCCUACUGUGAUGGAAAAUAGAAACAAGUAUAACUUAUUUUGUAUCUAUGUUCAGACUAUAUAGAGAAAAUUCUAUGUAUCUAUCAUGUGCUUACUACUGCAGUGCGUUUGUCGUUAGGACUCAUGGUAAUACAGCACAUUUAUCCUUUGGUA